GAAAGUUUUAAUUUAACGACUAGUGCUUUAAGAAAAUGUAAAAUUCAAGUAUUAAGGCCAUACUGGAGACUUCUAACAUUUAUAGGAUGGCGAGGAUUUGGUACCGAAAUGGUCAAUUCAGGUCGAAGGUCAUGGAGACUGUUAAAUAUUGUAUACCCAUCUAUUAUAGUGCUAUUAUUAAUAUAUACCUAUAUCUAUGAAAUGGUUGCCUGUCAAUGGAAACUCAAUGUUCAAGUUGAUACACAUGUACAGACUACUUUAACAACCAUACAACCAACUACACCAAAUAUUACCAAUUUUACUACUACCUCAUUUCCAUUUUCGAUCAUAAAACCAGCCAAACUACUUGCUCAAAAUAUUAGUAAAGCUGAUUUUGACUCUUCAGCUUGUGAACAUCUCAUAACCACUUAUAUUGUUCCAAACUUUCUCCAUUUUGUGGCUUAUAUCAUGGGCAUUUUCUAUUUUCGAAUCCAAGAAAAUGAACAAUUAUAUGCUCUGAUGGAAAAAGUUUUUCUGCAAGCUACACCACAGCAGAAUAGAAAUGCCUCACAACAAAAAAUGAUAUGGAAAUUAAGAGGGUUUUUAGUAUGUGGUGCUGUCUGGGUUUUAUCUACUAUGGUUCUACAAGGUGUUUAUAUCUGGGCCUUUAAUUUCCCACAGUUAGAAAUAUUCCAAACAGUUGGACAAGGUGGAUAUUGGACUAUGUUUGCAAUAGAACUCUAUGGUAGAAUGGUAAUGAAUGCUGUAAUACUAGCUGUAGUAGUAAACUAUGUAACACAAUGUGAGAUGAUAUUGUUCUUUGUUCGUGGUAUUUGUUUACGUUUACAAGAAAAAUCAACAGAAAUCAGAAUAGCUAUGAAGGAUAUCUUACUAUUGAGAUUAAGUUUAAAUGCAUUAAAUGGUAUAAUAUCUAAGAUGACAUCAUUAACAUUAGUUAUUUUAGCUGAAUUAAGUAUUAUUGGAAUAAGUAUUCUGGCUUUAAAUAGGAAUGUUGAGGUGAAAGUUUGGGCAUAUCGAGGAAUAUUUCCAAUUGUUUGGGCAUUAAUGUUAGGUUUCCCAUUGUUUCAGGCAGCAAGAGUGAAUGCAAUAUGUAAAAGAUUGAUAAAGAUAGCUUUAGAAAUGAGGGUGUUUGGAUAUAAAAAUAGUUCUCAGAUAGAAUUGGAUUCAUUUCUUAAUUAUAUUGGUCACACCACUUUAAAGGCCAAAUUAUUUCAUAUUCCAGUCCAACCUUCCUACUUGAUAGCUUUACUGGUGCUGACAGCUUUUGUCUUCCUGAUAUUGUUUCAGACUUCCAGCAUUGGUACCUCAAACAUGAUUUUCUAAGCUAGUUUAGUUUAUAAUAUCAUAUCCGGGAUGUGUUUGUUUUAUUUCUAUAAUGUAUAUACAAAUUGGACAUGCUGAGAAUAUCAAAAUAUUAAUCUAUAUUAACCACCAUUGUAUUUCAUACAUCAACGCUUUGUACAUUAAUUGUUUCAGCUUUGUCACUCUUCAGCAUGAUGCAUAGUUAAAAAAUAUUUGAGCUUGUGUUACAUGUGGUUAAAGUUCAUUAUCUAUUUGUUGGCCUAUAUGUUACACUUUGUCCUUCUAUUUGCGACAGUACCAUGGUAAUUGAGAUAUAUCACAUUCUGAUGAAGUGGUUUUUAAUUUUGAACCCAAAACGUUGGACAUGAAAUUGCGAGUGAUGGAAAUCAAGUUCAAGUUCACUAGACACGAAAAGAAAACCUUUUGAAAUCUCUCAUAUGCCAUAAAAGUGGUUUUGUGUAUAGAUUUUCUUCAAUUUAUCAGAAUUACACAAAAAGUGACAUACUAGAUGAUGGUAAUGCUUUUUUACAAUGUUCUUGUGAACAAAAUAUCCGUGUAAUUGCAUUUUUCUAUCUAUAAAGGAAAUACAUUAAUAUUGUUAUUAUUGUUAAUAAAUUUU